GCUUCGUAAUCCUACUAUCGAGAAUGGCAUGGAGAUAUUUUGUUUUUGUUUGUCAUAUGGUUAUCUAUUGUAUUCAAGGAAAUGAGAAAGACAUUUGUUCAAAUCCACUCAACGACGAUGGAUCAGGGGCAUGCUGUUUAAACUUUUACAGGGAUGGGGAUGUCUGUAAAGAAUGUCCACCCGGAUACUUUGGAUUUAAUUGUUCUCACCCUUGUCCUGAACAGAGUUAUGGACACUUAUGUAGUCUGAAAUGUACUAACUGUACAACCUGUAAUCAUGUAUAUGGUUGUGCACCGGCAACAGAGCAUAUUAAAUCAGACGUCUCUAAAAAAGGAAGUUGUAGCACUAGACCUGUAGCUGUUAUCUCGUCGUCCAUGCCAUUAAUAAACACAUCAGAUGUCCUUGUAAAUAAAAGUUCCAUCAUGGUAUCGAUAUUUGGUGACAAGACUGAAAAUGAAAGUUCUAGUCUAGUAUCUUUAAAUGAUAAUAACACACCUCCUAGAUUUUAUCUUGCAAUAAUCAUCUAUACAACCGGAUCACUUAUAUCUUUUGUAGUUGUACUAAUAAUUAUGAGAGAAAUACGUAAUAUUUGCCAGAUGUCCUCUCCCACAAUCAAAAACAAGCCACACAACAGUGGGUUCGUAGAAAACAUAUAUUUUGAAGUUGCUGAUGUUAUUGAUGACAUUAUUUCACGUGAAGAGAUUGCCUCAUCUAUGUUAAACAUAAAUAGUUAUGCCAAAGAUGGAGCUUCCAAAAAAUCAGAGGGUGACUGUAAAGACUAUAUUUAUAGCACUGUAUUUAGUGAGAAGGAAGAGACUGCCAAACCAAAAUUAUCUUUACAAACACCUAGGUUUGAGGCUAGCAAUACCUUAGGCAUAUGUACUAAUAAGAAAAAAAAUGUUAAUAAAUGAUUGCCCUGACCAGCAAAAUGAAAUUACUUUUCAUCAAAUUUCUACAAAAGAAAACAACAAAGAAAUCAUAUCUUUAGAGUCUUUGCAGAGCUCUACUGAAUUUAAUGGAAAAGAAAUAGAGGUAUCAAUGAGCGACACCAGUCAGGAUACUUAUCCAUAUGUCUAAUUUGUAUUGGUAAAUGAAUCAACAGGGACAACACCUCUUUAAUGUUGUUUCUCACCUACUGAUAUUUUAUUGAAUUUCUUUCUCGUUUUGUUGAAAAAUAUUAUGUUGAUGCUUUUAUUUGAUAUUACAUUGUAAAUUGUUUGAGUAUGAUGGAAUGAAAAUUUAUCUAUAACCUGAAAAGAGACACAGUCGAAAUUUUGAUGAAACCAUAAAAAAUUAUCUACAGUUUUAAUAUGCUUUAAUUUUUCUGAAUGUGUUCUGAAACAUCUUUCAGAAAAUCAUUUAAAUAAAAAUAAAAACAUUCCACUGUAUUUAACGGAAGAGAAAUAGAGGUAACAAUGAGCGACACCAGUCAGGAUACUUGUCCAUUUGUUGAAUUUGUACUGGUAAAUGAA